AUCAAAGUGUGCCCUGCUUCAACCAGUUGCGCAUUCCGACAACGGACCACCAAGUCUCAAGGCAACAUGCUUCGUCGAACGCUGACAUCUCAACUCGCCAUCCACCGUCGGUCUGGCGCAGCAUGCAUUAGCACGUCGCGACUGCCCAUCCCUCGCAAAUUCCUGUCGACGGAUCAACUGUCGUCUGACCAAUUCCAGCACCUCCUCGACACCGCCAUCGACUUCAAGAAGCGAAACAUCGAAAACACGGUCCUCCAAGGCGAGACGCUUCUCAUGAUCUUCCAGAAGCGGUCCACGCGCACGCGAUUGAGCUCUGAAAUCGGCAUGCAGCGGUUGGGCGGCCGCGCGCUGUUCUUGUCGUCGGACGACAUUCAGCUCGGUGUGAACGAAUCCCUCAAAGAUUCGGCGCGAGUCAUGAGUCGCUUUGGCUCCAUCUUGCUGGCUCGGGUGCACGGCCAUGGCGAUGUCAAGAAAUUGGCCGACGAAAGCUCCAUUCCUGUGAUCAACGCCCUCUCGGACAAGUUCCAUCCGCUCCAAGCGUUGGCGGACUACAUGACCAUUCAGGAACAUUUUGGAUCCGGCAAAGGCCUGACGGUGUCGUGGGUCGGCGACGGCAACAACGUCCUGCACGACUACAUGCUAGCGGCGCCGCUCGUGGGCGCGAAUAUUCAAAUCGCGACCCCUCGGGGAUACGACCCGGAUGCAGAUGUCGUUGCGAAGACACUCGAAUUGGCCAAGGCGGCGGGAACCACGGUGACGCUGACGAAUGACCCUCUGAAAGCGGUGAAAGGAGCGCAUGUGGUUGCCACCGAUACAUGGGUUAGGUACGACCUCCCUACCCUUACAUGAUCUUGCAAAAGGUACGUGGCUUAUGUGGAGGGUAGCAUGGGGCAAGAAGACCAAGCCAUGAAGCGCGUAGCGGCCUUUGCAGGGUACCAAGUGACCAAAACGAUGCUCAAGCACGCGGCGUCCAACCACAUCUUCCUGCACUGCCUGCCCCGCCAUGCCGAGGAAGUCGACGACGAAGUGUUUUACUCGGACCGAUCGCUGGUGUUUGAUGAAGCGGAGAAUCGCAUGUGGACCGUCAUGGCAGUCCUGGCCAACAUCGUCAAGUAGCACGUCAAAAACUUCCAAACGACAAAUUGCACUUUAGCUUGUUUGUAGUUGUUGCAACGUGAGCCAUAUUAUAACAGUAAUAUUAUAAUAACCAACGCAUAGUACUACC